AUGGCGAUGGCAGGGGCAGUUAAAGUGUUGAGCAACAGUCAGGUACAUUCCCGGGACGUGAUCAAGUGUAUCCUAGUGAAUUGUGAGAAGCAGUCGGCGGCACAGCCUGGAGCUCGCGUAGCGGCCGCGCCGUCACAGGAGCAGCGCCAUGUCCGCCGGCCCCUGAGCGACGAGCAGAAGCGGCGGAUGGAGGAGAACCGGCAGCGGGCGCUGGCCCGGCGGGCCGAGAGACUGGGCCUGUGUCGGCGGCAGGAGGGCACCGCGCCGGCGGCCGCGAUCCAGCCCGACCCCCAGGCUGUGCCCGGGCCUAGUGCUCAGGCCCCGGACCCAGCCCCAGCCCCGCCGGCCCCACAGCCUGGGCCCUGGAGCCCGACUCUGACCCUGACCCCGCCCGGUGCUGGAGCCGGUGCUGGAGCCGGAGCUGGAGCCGGUCCCCGCCGUCCCCGCGCUCCCCGCGGCCCCAGGGCUCCCCGCCCCAGGGCUCCCCGCAGUCCCCGCCGUCCACAGGCCGCGAGCCCCGGCCCGGCGCAGGGCGGCUGCGGGAGUCCCGGCCCCUACAGCGGCAAGUGCCUCGAGGACGGACCGCAGCGCUUCCGUGUGGAGGUGGGAUUCAACUCGGAGCUGCUGGCCGCCUUCCGCAGCGUCGCUAGCCGGCAAUACGAUGCAGCCACCAAGACGUGGAGCUUCAGUCUGGGCGAUUAUGGCAGCUUAAUGGAGCAGAUAAAGUCUAUCCCAAACGUUACGUUGAAGCCAUUGGAUGGAAUGCAAGAAACAGACGGCACCACCAGCAAUUCACCAAGUACCAGGAGAAAGCUGAAUUUGGCACUUGGUACAAACCAGCUGGUGAAGGUGGGCAAGAACUGGAAGUCACCUGGUGCAGGUGUACAGGGGCGAAUCCUCCUCAUCUCCAGGUCCCGCUGUGAAGUGGCAAUCGCUUUCCAUGCAGAGGUCGUGGCUGUCUUCAAACGGGUGAAUUCCAGGAAUUAUGAUAUGAAAACAAGAAAUUGGAGCUUCCUUCUGGAGGAUUACAAAGUUCUGGUUGAGGAACUGUUGAAGAUCCCUGGUGUGCAGGUGGAGCCUCUGCCCCGUGGUGUACUGGAGGUAUUCUUGCCCCAGUUCCAGAAGACUUGCCCACACCCUGUGGCAAUUCCAGAUGCUGAUCUGUCUGAUGUUGAUUCUAAAUUGGUGCAGAGCCUGAUGCCCUUCCAGAGGGACGGAGUCAAUUUUGCUAUUUCACGUGAAGGCCGGCUGCUGCUUGCUGAUGACAUGGGGCUUGGGAAAACUCUGCAGGCCAUCUGUAUUGCUGCUGUGUACCGUAAGGAGUGGCCAGUGCUUGUGGUGGCUCCAUCCUCUGUCCGAUUCACCUGGGCACAGGCUUUCAGCCGCUGGCUGCCCUCAGUGGACGCUGACACCAUCAACGUGGUGAAGACUGGGAAAGACCAACUCUCCUCCCCCACUGUCAACAUCAUCAGUCACGACCUGCUGGCCCGGCUCAGCAAGCAGCUGACACAGAGGCAGUUUCAGCUCAUCAUUGUGGAUGAAUCUCAUUUUCUGAAGAACAUGAAAAGUGCUCGAUGCAAAGCUGCUCUUCCUCUGCUCCAGGCUGCAAAGAGACUGGUGCUUCUGUCGGGGACACCCGCCAUGUCGAGACCGGCUGAGCUGUACAGCCAGAUCACUGCUGUCCAGCCCACCCUUUUCCCCAGCUUCCACCACUUUGGAAUGCGCUACUGUGAUGCCAAGCAGUUACGUUGGGGCUGGGAUUAUUCCGGAUCGUCCAACCUCCAGGAGCUGCGGCUCCUGCUGCUGGAAUCAUUGAUGGUGCGGCGCCUGAAGUCGGAUGUUCUGUCGCAGUUGCCGGCCAAGCGACGCAAGGUGGUCCUUGUGGAACCUGAGGGUGUGAGUGCCAAGGCCAAGGUGGCUCUGCAGGCAGCAGCACAGGCCAUGACCGGCCACAAAACGAAACGUGAGCAAAAGGAGGCACUGAUGGUUUUUUACAAUCGCACAGGAGAAGCAAAGAUUCGAUCCAUUAUAGAAUACGUGUGGGAUUUGUUGGAGAGUGGUCGGGAGAAGUUCCUGGUGUUCGCCCAUCAUCGGGUAGUUCUGGAUGCGUUGUGUACAUCUCUGGAAGACAAGGACAUUGCAUUUAUCCGCAUUGAUGGCUCCACUUCUUCAGCUGAGCGCCAGUCUCUGUGUGACCACUUCCAGUCUUGUCCCACACGCUGUGUUGCCGUGCUCUCCAUCACUGCCGCCAACAUGGGCCUCACUCUCUCGUCCGCUGACCUGGUUGUCAUCGCUGAGCUUUUCUGGAACCCUGGUACCCUCUUUCAGGCUGAAGACAGAGUGCAUCGUAUUGGCCAAACAAACUGUGUGAACAUCCACUACCUGGUGGCCAGAGGCACUGCCGACGACUAUAUCUGGCCAAUGAUCCAGGAGAAACUAAAUAUUCUUGGACAAGCCGGACUAUCGGGAAGCAACUUGUCAGACCUUGAAACCACCGAUUAUUUUCACCAGGGUGUGAAGCAAACACAAAUACUGGACUUCUUCAAGUUGGGUAACGGCGAUUGGGAGGAGGUGAGUGACGAAGCCCUUCUCCUGGAAGCUGCUGAUGCCAGUAUGGACUCCGGCCCCAGCACCGUCAAGCACAAAGAGCAAGAGCAGCCUGACACCACGACCAAGCACAAGGAGCAGCCUGACACUCCGAACAAGAAGAGAAAGAUUGAGGAAUAUUUUGGGAAAUGAUGCAGUAGUUUGGAAUAAGACUUUGGCCUGUAUUAAAAUCCCUGUGAUGGGUGGGUGGGUGAGAGUGUGAGUGAGAAUGUGUCUGUGUCUGUGUCUGUGUCCGUGUCUGUGUCCAUGUCCGUGUCUGUGCCGAGCUCUUCCAGACCCGUGGUCACACAGACCCUUUACUAGUUGCACAAUUUGUAAAUAAAAUUGACUGAGCUGGAGUAGAGGCUUGUGUUGUGAAGACAGACACAGAGUGCUGGAGUAACUCAGUGGGACAGGCAGCAUCUCAGGAGAGAAGGAAUGGGUGACGUUUCGGGUCGAGACCCUCUUCAGUUGGGAAAUUUGUCUGGAGUGAAGUGAUCUGACUGAUGUUUACACCAGGCCUCUGAUCAAAGUCUGGACACAUUGCUUCUUAAAACAGUAAUAAAAUAAUGCCAAGAA